AACCGAAUAGUUUAAUUGAAUGUCAUCAAUGAUGGUCCCACGCGAAAACGAACCUCCGGCACGGAGAACCUCGUGACCUGCGUCAAUGGCCGCUUCACCGUCCGUAUAAUUUGGGUAUGAGUCACGUGCAGGGGAAAUUGCGACAUUCAGGCCUUAGGUACUGAAGCACAGACGUAUAUAUUUCGAUCCCUGGAGAUCUGUUUUGUUUAUUAAAUUGUUUUAAUUAUUUCUAUCUGGCUUUUUGUUUGUUUCUGGUUGUUGGGUUUCGCUUUGUUAAUUGUGGAUCAAAUCGCAUCUUGAAACCUCCCAUUGAGCUGCGACUUCGGCCGCCGGGCAAUAGAAGAACUGCUACACCGUUCCCCGGCCAGCUAUAUCUUUUUCUCUACACCGUUCUCUCGCUGAAAUCUUGGUCGCGGACACUGAAAUCCUUCCAGAGGAAGCUUUCUUUUCCUCGCCAUGUGCCGCUUUUUGGUAAAUCAUUCCAUACUAUUUUUAUACGUCAUAAAAGCUGACCGCUACUUCCCUCAGGUAUACAAGGGCAGGCAUGAGAUACGUCUCAGCAAACUGGUAACAGAGCCCAGUCACAGCAUUCUGACUCAAUCGUAUGACUCUCGCCUUAGGCUGGAUAACCGCCGUCCAGUAAACGGCGAUGGCUUCGGCGUAGGGUUCUAUACGGACCCCAAACUAGGCCCAGAGCCAUGCAUCUUCACAUCCACACUCCCAGCCUGGAACUGCGAGAAUCUGGAGAGACUGGCCUCCAAAACCUGCUCAAAUUUGAUCUUCGCGCAUGUCCGCGCAACCACGGAAGGCGCUUUAUCAGAUAACAACUGCCAUCCGUUCCAGCACAACUCGCUGAUGUGGAUGCACAACGGCAACGUCGGCGGGUGGCAGUAUAUCAAGCGGCCGCUGGGCGAUUCGCUCGCGGAUCGCUGGUAUCUAGGCGUGAAAGGCGGCACGGAUAGCGAGUGGGCCUUCGCGCUGUUUCUGGACCUUUUGGAGAAGGAGGGCGUGGAUCCUAGCUCGGAUCCUGGGCCCGAGGGCUUCGGACAGGCGCUUCUGCGCCGUGUGAUGGUCAAGACGAUUGCGAAGAUUAAUGGGUUCAUCCGGGAUAUUCCGAAGAGGCAUAAUGUUUCCGGAGUGGAGACUCGCAGUCUGCUGAACUUUGCAGUGACGGAUGGGCAUACUGUGAUCUGUACACGUUAUAUUAGCAGCAAGACGGACGAGCCUGCUAGUUUGUACUUCUCAUCGGGGACCAAGUGGAAGGAAGGAAAGGUUAAGGGCCACUUCAAAAUGGAGCGUCAUGACAAGGGGGCCGAUAUUGUCCUAGUGGCAAGUGAGCCGAUUACGUUUGAAAGACAUAAUUGGGUCUCGGUCCCCGCAAACUCGAUUGUUACAAUCCAUAAACAGACCGUCCUUUUACAUCCCAUCAUGGAUGAGUUCUAUAGCGAGGACCUGAAUCAGGACCGUUCUUCGUGCUAUGCUGUAUCGAAGGGUCUCGUCAGCACGGCGCCUGGGACGACGGUGCAGCCUCAAAAUGUUGAAGAUUGCAACCGGGCGGCAAAUGCUGACUCGAAGGCCCCUGCAAUCAAUGUCAAUGGUGCUAGACUGGUUGACUGCGCUGGGGGAUUAGCUUAGCAUUAACGAGUUUUCGCUAACUAGUGUGCAGUUUCACACACUGAGGGGGUUGUAUGCCUUAAGGUAUUAAGCUGGACUUAAUGAUUACCCUACAGUUGAGGCCAUUGGCGUUGGUAUUGGGUCGGGGUUUUCUUCUUCAUUUUUGUCUUUGAUAUGGGGUACAUCU